AUGCCAAUUUAAUUUACAAAAGGCAAAAUCUUUAUUUUUGAGUUUUUAGAAACCUUUAAAUUCACAAAAUUUUUUAAAAUUGGUGAUGAAGGUGCAUCAUAUUCUAAUGAAAUUGGUGAAGAAAGUGCAUCAGGCUUAGGUUCUGCUUUAGCAAAGUGCAUUAAUCUCUCAAAUUUGACACUUGAGAUUUAGUGCAAUUAAAUUGGUAAAAAGGGUGCAUCCAGCUUAGUUUCUGGUUUAGAAAAGUGCAUUAAUCUCUCAAAUUUGACACUUGAGUUUUAUUCUAAUUAAAUUGGUGACGAAGGUGCAUCAGGCUUAGGUUUUGGUUUAGUAAAUUGCAUUAAACUCUCAAAUUUGAUACUUGGUCUUUCUUCUAAUUAAAUUGGUGACAAAGGUGCAUCAGGCUUAGGUUUUGGUUUAGCAAAAUGCAUUAAUCUCUCAAAUUUGACAAUUAACUUAGAUUAUAACUAAAUUGGUUAUAUAGGUGCAUCAGGCUUAGGUUUUGGUUUAGCAAAAUGCAUUAAUCUCUCAAAUUUGACAAUUAACUUUGAGCGCAAUUAAAUUGGUGACGAAGGUGCAUCAGGCUUAGGUUCUGGUUUAACAAAAUGCAUUAAUCUCUCAAAUUUGACACUUAAACUUCAUUAUAACUAAAUUGGUUAUCUAGGUGCAUCAGGCUUAGGUUUUGGUUUAGAAAAGUGCAUUAAUCUCUCAAAUUUGACACUUGAGUUUUAUUCUAAUUAAAUUGGUGACAAAGGUGUCUCAGGCUUAUGUUCUGGUUUAACAAAGUGCAUUAAUCUCUCAAAUUUGACACUUGAUUUGAGUUAUAACUAAAUUGGUUAUCUAGGUGCAUCAGGCUUAGGUUUUGGUUUAGAAAAGUGCAUUAAUCUCUCAAAUUUGACACUUGAUUUGAGUUAUAACUAAAUUGGUUAUCUAGGUGCAUCAGGCUUAGCUUUUCGUUUAUCAAAAUGCAUUAAUCUCUCAAAUUUGGCACUUAACUUAAAGUAAAAACAGUUUUUUUGA